AUGAUUGUUUUGCAAAAUGGCAAAAAUAAGGUGCUCUCACUGGGAGCCGACGUGCUACCAGAAUACAAGCUUCAACCAACACGAAUCCAUCAUUGUACCAUCGUUCAUUACAGUCCGUUCAAAGCCGCAUGGGAUUGGAUUAUUCUAAUUCUUGUUAUCUACACAGCUGUUCUAACUCCAUAUGUGGCAGCAUUUUUACUACGAGAAUUCUCAUUUCAGGACCAAAACCACAAAAGAUCACGGUUUUCGGAGCCGAUGGAAAUUAUAGAUCUAAUAGUCGAUAUUAUGUUUAUUGUUGAUAUUAUUAUUAAUUUUCGUACUACCUAUGUUAAUGAAAAUGAUGAGGUGGUAUCACAUCCGGGUAAAAUAGCUACACAUUAUUUCAAAGGCUGGUUUUUCAUUGAUAUGAUUGCGGCUGUUCCGUUUGAUUUGCUUCUCGUCAAUACGAACAGCGAUGAGACAACAACUCUUAUUGGAUUAUUAAAAACUGCCCGCUUGUUGCGGUUAGUAAGAGUAGCUAGAAAGCUGGAUAGGUAUUCAGAAUACGGUGCGGCGGUACUUCUCCUUUUGAUGGCAACAUUUGCAUUGAUAGCUCAUUGGCUAGCUUGCAUUUGGUAUGCAAUUGGAAGUGCUGAAUUACCACAUAAGGACAUAACUUGGUUACAUCAAUUAUCAAAACACCUGGAUCAACCUUAUACAUCUACAAAUGGAACUAUGCCAACGGGGGGUCCAAGCUUGAAAAGUCGUUAUGUGACGUCACUCUAUUUUACCUUAUCAACUAUAACAUCUAUAGGUUUCGGAAAUGUGUCGGCAACGACGGAUUCUGAGAAAAUCUUCACAAUCAUAAUGAUGAUUUUAGGAUCUUUAAUGUAUGCUUCCGUAUUUGGUAAUGUAUCAGCUAUCAUUCAACGAUUGUAUAGUGGAACAGCAAGAUAUCAUACGGAGAUGUCACGUCUUCGAGAGUUUAUUCGUUUUCAUCAAAUUCCAAAUCCAUUACGUCAACGGUUAGAAGAAUAUUUUCAACAUGCAUGGUCGUAUACAAAUGGAAUUGAUAUGAAUUUGGUUUUAAAAGGAUUUCCUGACUGUUUACAAGCUGAUAUAUGUCUUCAUUUAAAUAGAAAUUUACUUGUUAAUUGUGGUGCUUUCAAUGGAAGUACACCAGGAUGUCUUCGAGCUUUGAGCAUGAGGUUUCGAACAACACAUGCUCCACCCGGUGACACUCUCGUACAUCGUGGUGACAUAUUAACUGGCUUACAUUUCAUUGCCCGAGGCAGUGUAGAAAUAUUAAAUGAUGACAAUACUGUAAUGGGAAUACUUGGCAAAGAUGAUAUAUUUGGAGAAAAUCCAAUUCUAUAUGAUGAAGUUGGCAAAUCGUCAUGUAAUGUACGGGCAUUAACAUAUUGUGAUCUUCAUAAAAUUCUCAGGGAUGAUUUACUUGAUGUGUUGGAUAUGUAUCCUGAAUUCGCAGAAAAUUUCUGUAAAAAUUUAACUAUAACAUAUAAUUUGCGUGACGAUACCCAAAGUACGCGAAAGAAAUUCGAUCGACACAAGCUUCUGCGUAUGAGCUCCUCGAAUCGUGAGCGACCUGUCGGAUCUGAAAAAAUGGAAUGUUCAUCAACAACAACGAUGGAUCGUACACGUCGAAGUGGAACAGAUUCCGUUUCUCGUACGGAUUCUAAUCCGAUUGAUCGACGAACAUCUGGUGGUUCAUAUCGGUACUCUCCACCUCAUCGAACGGAGAUGACCCCAGUGCCACGGCGGCAUGGAGGCAUCGCUGCCGACGACGAUGACAACGUCUUUGAGGAUAUUCGAGCUUUCAGUCGAGGCAAUACGGUCACAUUGCCUCCAUCAAACUAUGAUAAUGGCGAUCUCCCAGUAGAGAGGGAACGAGAUACAGAAAUGAGAAUAUGUCAAAUGGGUAGACGGCUUGAGAGUAUCGAAGCUGUUGUUGAUCGAAUACAAUUGGCAAUGAAUUCAAAUUUCGAGAAGCUUUUCAAUGGCUUAAAAGAGUCGGGACGAAUAUCAUCUGGUGGUCAAGAUUAUCAUUCGAGUAAUUCUGAUGCCGUUCGUGCUCGUCGUGUUGUUAUAAAUUCGGGUGAAACAGUACGUCUUCCAAAUGGUGGAGAAGAAAUACGUGUUAGUCGCUUAAGUAGCCAUGAGCCAACAGCCCGAACACCAUUAACAGCUGAUACAGAUACAGAUACAUUACUAUAA